AUGUCAGAAUCUCGUGAUCAAUCGCCGUCAGCGGAGGAGCGACGUAAGAAAGAUGCCGAGGACCGCAAACGUGAAGAGGAGGAACAAGCCACAUUGCCGUACAAGUGGACUCAGACACUGACCGAGGCUGAAGUCAGCGUGCCCAUUCCCGGGAACCUGAAGUCAAGGGAUUUGAUCGUCGAGUUGAAGAAGACACACAUCAAGGUUGCGAUCAAAGGGCAAGACUCCAUCAUCGAUGGAGACUUUCCGCACUCAAUACUGGUCGACGACAGCACGUGGACUCUGAUCUCUGGCCCAAAUAAUACCAAAGACAUCAAUAUUACCCUUGCGAAAGCACCUGGAUCGAAUUGGUGGGCACAUAUUGUGACUUCCGCGCCCAAACUCGACACUACGAAGAUCACGCCAGAGAAUUCGAAGCUGAGUGACCUCGAUGGUGAGACCAGAGGCAUGGUGGAGAAGAUGAUGUACGAUCAGGAGAUGAAGCGUCAAGGCAAGCCGACCAGCGACGAGCAGAAGAAGCAAGACAUGUUGUCGAAAUUCAUGCAGCAACAUCCGGAGAUGGACUUUUCGAACGCUAAGAUUGGUUGA